CGUCAAAUUUGGACUGUCGAAUGAUCAGGGCAACAAGAAUGCGAUCCUGAAUGAAGAGAUGCAAGUUACGGUGAUCUUAUGUAGCUUGGGCAGCAUGAAGUUCCUGAAGUAAGGCAACGGUGACUCAAGAACAAAUAAGUAGAGUCAGGCGUGUUGCCACGUUUUGCUUGUUUUAUUGUCCUCGUGCGGGGGAAUUGCGCAGGUAUUGCGGCCUCCGAUGCUUGCGAACAUGCCAGUCCAGGAUCGGAAGCAGGGAAGGACAGAUCCAUGCUUAAGUGGUGAGGCUUGCGGAUUGAUGGAUCGUUUUCCCUCCAAAUGUCAACCUCGGGAUAAUCUGCUGAUCAACUUGACUCACGCCUUUUUCAGCAAUUUAUAAUCAUAACCAAUAUUUUACUUUUACUACUGAUGGCUUCACAACCUUGGAAACCUUCACAACAUGUCGACAGAACGUCUCUCUCUACGAGACUUGCCUUACGACGUUCGUAUCCUCGUCUAUCAAGCCAUCCUGGACAAUCACCUGCGUGUGAAUCAAAAUCAGCAACCCUCCAAUAACCAUAUCCGUAUCCUUCAUACCUGCAGGCAGAUCUUCUAUGAAGCACGCGCAAUGUUCCAUAAGUAUGUCUCCCUGCGAAACGAUUGGGACGUGGAUCGCUACCUCACUUAUCUGGAUUCUGAGCCCAAAGCUGCGCCCAUAGUUCGUUGGGCUGAUGUUGCCAACGAUGGACGUGUCUUGGAGAGUACACACGGCCAGGUAUGUAAUAUUCUCUUCAUUGGCCCAGCCUCUCGGUUGUAUCUCGUAUUAGCAAAGUUCGUAUCGCUGGAGAAAUUACGAGUUUUCAACAUUCAUCGUUAUUAUCCCAAUACGAUCUCAUGUAGGUAUCAACUGAACUUCGAGGGAGCCUUGUUUCCCGCUGCAAAGGGUCAUAAGCCCCUCUUGCAAGCAUAUGAACUUCACCUGGAUCCGUCCACAAGGGCAAAUCCUUUCCAAACAAUCUCCUCGGACCGCAUCUGUUCGCUGCGUUUAUCAGGAGAUUGUCGUUUCAAGAAAACGUCUUUUCCUGCCCUGCGCCAUCUCACCAUCCGGGCCGUCACAAGCAAUGCAUUUGACCAGAUACGUUUCAACACAAGUUUUCCCAACUGCCAACUCGAUUCCUUCAUUCAUGCACAAGGUCAUCGACUUGGUUUCGAAAUUAGAAACGUCCAUCUGGAAUCUCUUGUGGCGGGACCUGGGUCACGCCUUCGUAAACUCGUCCUAUUGGGCAGUAGCCGACUCUCGAGUGCAGCUAUCGCUUCAUGCCUCCGCAGUUUGCCCACGUUAGAGUACUUUGCUCUCUCAUUGGUGACUGUAAAUGAGCUGCGUGAAAACUUUAUUCUAGCUCUGGGUCCCUCGCUCCAAGUGCUCAAGUUACAAAUAACUCAUGCGUGGUAUGCAGUACCCCUAUUCGAAGAAGAACGAGUUAUUUGUGAUACGAUAGAGGAUACAAUUCUGCUUCGGCACUUGCCUCACAAAGUGGCAUAUGUCUCAUUUCAUAGUCAGUUAAUGACCGAGCAUGGCCGACAAGAUAGGUGGAGAAACAUUGCCGCUGCACAGCACAUAUCACUAAAGAUAGGGCCCUGGGAAGACGACGAAGAA